CCAGACAGAGAUUACUGCAGUUUAUGUGACAAGCAGCCAAUCGGGAGGCUGCUUUUCCGGCAGUUCUGCGAAACCAGGCCUGGGCUGGAAUGCUACAUUCAGUUCCUGGACUCAGUGGCAGAAUACGAAGUUACUCCAGAUGAAAAACUGGGAGAGAAAGGGAAGGAAAUUAUGACUCAGUACCUCACCCCAAAGUCCCCAGUUUUCAUCGUCCAAGUUGACCGAGACCUGGUCUCCCAGACUGAGGCAAAGCUCCUGCAGAGGCCCUCCAAAGAACUCUUUUCCUCCUGUGUGCAGUCUGUCCAUGACUACCUGAGGGGAGAACCAUUCCAUGAAUACCUGGACAGCAUGUAUUUUGACCGCUUUCUGCAGUGGAAGUGGCUGGAAAGGCAACCAGUGACCAAAAACACUUUCCGGCAGUAUCGAGUGCUUGGAAAAGGGGGCUUUGGGGAGGUUUGUGCCUGCCAGGUUCGGGCCACGGGUAAAAUGUAUGCCUGCAAGCGCUUGGAGAAGAAGAGGAUCAAAAAGCGGAAAGGGGAGUCCAUGGCGCUCAACGAGAAGCAGAUCCUUGAGAAGGUCAACAGCCAGUUUGUGGUCAACCUGGCCUAUGCCUACGAGACAAAAGAUGCGCUGUGCCUUGUCCUGACCAUCAUGAAUGGGGGCGACCUGAAGUUCCACAUCUACAACAUGGGGAACCCUGGCUUCGAGGAGGAGCGAGCCUUGUUUUAUGCUGCAGAGAUCCUCUGUGGCUUGGAAGACCUGCACCGUGAGAAUACCGUCUAUAGAGAUCUGAAACCUGAAAACAUCCUGUUGGAUGAUUAUGGCCACAUCAGAAUCUCAGACCUGGGGCUGGCCGUAAAGAUCCCUGAGGGAGACCUGAUCCGCGGCCGGGUGGGCACCGUCGGCUACAUGGCUCCAGAGGUCCUGAACAACCAACGAUAUGGCCUGGGCCCUGACUACUGGGGCCUGGGCUGCCUCAUCUAUGAGAUGAUUGAGGGCCAGUCACCGUUCCGCGGCCGCAAGGAGAAGGUGAAGCGGGAGGAGGUGGACCGCCGGGUCCUGGAGUCUGAGGAGUUGUACUCCCCCAAAUUCUCUGAGGAGGCCAAGUCCAUCUGCAAGAUGCUGCUCACCAAAGAUGCAAAGCAGAGGCUGGGCUGCCAGGAGGAGGGGGCUGCCGAGGUGAAGAGGCACCCCUUCUUCAGGAACAUGAACUUCAAGCGCCUAGAGGCUGGGAUGUUGGACCCUCCCUUUGUUCCAGAUCCCCGGGCCGUGUACUGUAAGGAUGUGCUGGACAUUGAGCAGUUCUCCACCGUGAAAGGCGUCAACCUGGACCAUACGGAUGAUGACUUCUACUCCAAGUUCUCCACAGGCUCUGUGUCCAUUCCGUGGCAAAAUGAGAUGAUAGAAACAGAAUGCUUUAAGGAGCUGAACGUAUUUGGACCUAACGGUACCCUCUCACCAGACCUGAACAGAAGCCAGCCUCCAGAACCGCCAAAGAAAGGACUGCUCCAGAGGCUCUUCCGACGUCAGCAUCAGAACAAUUCCAAGAGUUCACCGAAUUCCAAGACCAGUUAUAACCACCACAUAAAUGCAAACCACAUCAGUUCGAACUCCACUGGAAGCAGCUAGUUUCAGCUCUGGCCUUGAAGUCCACCAGCCCAGCCCUUCUUGGAAGCAGAACUUAUGGCCAGUGGGGCUUCCACUCUGGCUGGGUAGCUAGGAGGAGAGCCCACCCGAGAAGGAAACCGUCCACCCCUCGACAAGCCUCGAGGUUUCUUGAAGAAAUUUCCACUCAGGUCUGUUUUCCAAGGCGGCCCCACGCAGGGGUAGAUUGGAUUUGCCGUUGUUGAACACCGCAAUAGAAACCCAAUAGGAUACGACAACUUGCACGUAUUUUAAUAGCGUCCUAACUAGAACUGAAUUUUGUCUUUAUUAUUUUUAAAGAAAAGUUUUGUAAAUUUCUCUAUUGUCUCAGUUUACAUUUUGUAUAUUUGUAUUUAAAUGAAAGUCAGACUUUGAGGGUGUAUAUUUUCUGCGCAGCCACUGUUAAGCCAUGUGUUUUAAGACAUUUUAGAGGGGAUUUACAAAAAAAACAAAACAAAAAAAAAAAAAGAAACCAAUGUGACUCCAGACUUCCAGAGCCUCAAAUGAGAAAAUGUUUUUAUUAAAUGUAGAAGAUGCUCACUU